CGGGAAUCGAGUAUUGAGCACCGAGUAUCCCCAGAGCAAGUCCAAGUCCAAAUCCGAGAACUUCGUCUUCGCGAUCGUAGUCGUGGUCAGGUGAAUGCCAUCGGGGCAACGUGCCUGGCAUUCGAAGAGAUAUACGUUCUGAGUCGCGAUUCGCGGUGGUGGAUACUGUAUACUGUAUAGCAGCCAAUUUAUAUAUGGUCUGCCCCGAUCAAAAACGAAAACAAAUUGGGAAGUUAUAACCGCAGCGAAAGCAAAAAAUAUCAAAAUGUUUGCAUUUCUGCCAGUUUUAUUACUUUGUGUGCAUUUGCUGCAUUUUAAAAUGAUCUCGGGCGUAGAUCUCCCAUCCGUUUCGGGAGGGGCAGCUGCUCCAGCUCCUGUGUGGGAAAAUGGUGAAAUAAAUGCGGCACCCGAGGCAGGAUUGUCCAAAGCCAAUGCCACCGCGGAGGAAAACUUCGGCGGAGCGGUGGUGGAUUCCUCAUCACCAAAUCUGAGUCGCCAGCGUCGUCAGUUUUUCUUUGAUCCGAGUGUUUUCUUGUGGCAGGGAGGACUUGGUGGCUCGGGUGUUCCUGGUGGCUGGGGACCCGGCGAGGGAUCCAAGUGCCUUACAUCUCGUGGCCAACCGGGUGUUUGUGUCCGCAUCGAUGGAUGCCGCCAGUAUUACCGGGCAGCCCGCCAGAUAGCCAUAUUCACCCUGCGACAGUGGCCACAGACAAAUGGACUUGGCCUAAAUGGCAACAUGUGCAACUUCUUCGAUCUGCUGGGCAGAGUUAACAAUGGCAUCUGUUGCACAGACAUCGAGACCAACAGUUUUGGAGUAUUUCCACUGCCUGGAACGACGACGACCACGACCACGACUACGGAGAAGCCUUCUAUGGCAGCUGACGAGGAGGACAGGAUGGAUGUUAUGCCCGAAGGAGAAGUGGAUGCUGAACAGCCAGUGGAUGCUCCUCGACCCGAGGACCCCAUUGAUAAUGCUAACAGUGUAGAGGAUAUGCCAGAUUUCCAGGAUGGCAACACAAUUGAGGGCAAUGCUCCUGAAGGGGAUUCACAACCCGAAGCUGAAGCCGAACCCGAACCCGCGGGGCAACCGGUGGCGCAGCCUAUUCCCACCCAGCCAGCCAGUACAAUCUAUCCUUAUCAAUGGCCUUUCGGUUCCUUUGCGGGUGGAGUGGCCCAGUGGCCACCAGCUCUGCCCACUCAUCCACCCACAACGGGUGGCUGGCCACCACCGCUUCCCACCCAUCCGCCGAACCAUCAUUAUCCCACGCAUCCCACCACCGGCGGAGUUCCGAGCACCAAACGCACCACUCCAAGACCCACUAGUCCCACCAGACCCACCACCACCAGGCGACCCAGUUAUCCCAGUUAUCCUGCCACAACCACCACCACCACCACGACGAGACGUCCUGCAAGUGGCUCAAGUCCGGAAGGACUCCCGCUGCAGUGCGGCAAUAAGAACCCGGUGACACCCGAUCAGGAGAGGAUUGUGGGCGGUAUCAAUGCCAGUCCACACGAGUUUCCCUGGAUAGCGGUGCUCUUCAAGUCGGGCAAGCAGUUCUGCGGCGGCAGUCUCAUCACCAACAGCCACAUCCUGACCGCAGCUCAUUGUGUGGCAAGGAUGACCUCCUGGGACGUGGCCGCGUUGACAGCUCAUCUGGGUGACUACAACAUCGGCACCGACUUUGAGGUGCAACAUGUGUCUCGCAGGAUCAAGCGCCUUGUGCGCCACAAGGGCUUCGAAUUUAGCACCUUGCACAACGAUGUAGCCGUACUCACGCUUAGUGAACCUGUGCCCUUCAGCCGGGAGAUUCAACCGAUUUGCCUGCCCACCUCGCCCUCGCAGCAAUCCCGCUCGUACAGUGGUCAGGUGGCCACGGUGGCCGGAUGGGGAAGUCUCCGGGAGAACGGGCCUCAGCCCUCGAUUCUGCAGAAGGUUGACAUUCCCAUCUGGGCAAAUUCUGAGUGUGCCAGGAAAUACGGAAGAGCAGCGCCCGGUGGCAUCAUUGAAUCGAUGAUCUGCGCUGGCCAGGCGGCCAAGGAUUCGUGCAGUGGCGACUCUGGUGGACCCAUGAUAAUCAACGAUGGCGGACGCUACACUCAGGUGGGAAUAGUUUCCUGGGGCAUUGGCUGCGGAAAGGGUCAAUAUCCUGGCGUCUAUACUCGUGUAACUUCGCUGCUGCCCUGGAUCUACAAGAACAUUAAAUAAACAUAGGAUUCCGAUUAGUCUAAGACGUGAUA